CCGUGCGGUCUGCGGUCCACCGCCAAAUUCAAAUAGUGGAAGAAAGAAACAACAGCAGUAGCAGGCAGCUGAAGCAGACGACUCACACACAACUGAAACUUUCAGGUAAGCAUGGCAUCUUCAGUGAUGGAUGGAGUUGGUAAAGCUGUGGUGGGAGUCUGGCGGGCACACACAGUCCUGGAUGAGUCCGACGGGGCCGAGAGCUCCCCAGAAGCCCCCGACCGUUUCCGCAAGCUUCGCUCUUCAUCUUCACUCAAUUCUCUGCGCAUGUCUUUGCGCAAGCGGCUCCCGCUGCGUGCAGUCCAGACCAACUCUCUCCCAGAGAAUCCAACUUGGGAAACCAUGAAGGAGCAGCCAAAGCCCAACCCAGUCCGUAAACUUACACGCAGUGCUCGGAACUCCAUCACUGAAGUGUAUCAGAGGCUACAGAGGAACAGAGAGUUUUCACGUGAAGAGUGUUUGGUAGAAACCCCGGGUCGGAUAUGUGAUGGGGAAGAAGCUGGUGCAUCAACUUCCCGUACCCCAAGACGUACACCUCGCCGAGCUACAACACCCAGACGCACCCCCAGAUCAACAGCCACACCUGGACGUACCCCAGGCUCCAGAGGCAGAAAGACUCCCGAGGCCAGCGUACGAGGAGUGAAAACAGGUGGAGGCAGGCGACAGCUGGUCCGCAUGGCUGCAUUACGGAGUCCCUUUGCCUCCCCGAACACACAGAACCAGAGGCAAAAGUUUGACCAAGAUUUGGAGUCAGUGUCCAGUGGGCUCAGGAAACUCAAAUACCUGUCCAGAGCCUUUGAUGACUUGAUUGGCAGAGACGACAGUACGAGGGCAUGCUCUGGAGGAGCGGUGAUGCGAAAGUUGGACCCCAGUGGUAAACUGAGUCGCUCAAACCUCACACGCCGAGCCUCAAACCUCUCAAACACAGUGGGAGGUUGGGCCCACACAGCUGUGAACACUAUCCGCAAACCCAACUGAGCUACAUGCACGUGUGUGUUUGUGUGUAAAACGCAGGACCUUUUUGUAAACAUGUUUUACAUUUAUCAUUAUUGAGGUAUCGCUGUUACAUUUAUAUGUAGUGUUGUCAUGACGAUACUGGGAGACUCUUAUUAUACGGCAGCUUGUCUUCUUUUUUAUCUACGUUGUGUGUAGUCGGCAACAUUCAAGUUCUUCUUGUGUGUUUACACGUCUCAGGUUAGCUGGUUGUGGGUAAGAUAUCCUCAUUGUAGCUACCAAAGGGAUUUCUGUAUUGUGGUGUGUGCACCUGUCCUAGCUGCUACAACCAAAUGUCUUAGUUACAUGUCAAGAUACUAAUGUUGUAGUUUGUAUUCUCACUCUUCUGCUAGUUUCUGAAGUUUACUUUAAAAGAAACAUUGCACGAGACCAAAAUUGUAUCGGGAGAACUAACACUAAAUUUAGUGACGAAGGGGAGAAGCAUUUCCCUCUACUAUAUAUGUAUGUAUGCAAUAAUGUUACUAACAUUUGUUAUUCCUUUUUUUUAAAAGUUGUUUGAUUAUGCCAAAUUGUUAAGUGUAUUUUCUAUGAAAGGGGAAAUUUUUUAUAUACAUAGUUAAGCAGUAUACAAGUGGGAUCUUUUUUCAUGUCUGUCCUUGAGGUAGAGGUUGGCACUUUUAGUGACCUGUGGAUGAUUCAUGUAUGAACACUAUACACAUAAAUACUUUGAUAAUGUGAUGGGAGGGAACAUGUAAUGACUCAUUUCCUAAUGUUAACAAUGAUAAUGUUAUAAAGCCAUAUCCAGUAGGUUAUCAGCAACCUCAAAUGAAGCAAAACACUUUUCCCCUGUCUGCCAUCUCUAUGUAUUGGUACCUUCUUUUCUGCAGCAGUGAGAAAUAAGGACUGCUGUUGUGCCUAAAUGUGAAAGAAAGUGUCACAAUAAAGCCUGUAAGCUUCAACCACAA